AUGUCCCCAAUCCUUGUACUACUCAGAUUGGCAGAUUCUAAUAAACCCACAGCAUCAAAGAUAUCUGCGGCUAUGCGAAAAGCGGAGAGUAUAUGGACAGCACUUACUAGAGGAACGGGGGAAGCCAAUGAUGUCGCCGAAUUAAUAUUGGCCACGCUUAACAGUGGCAAGCGCGCGGGUGCUCUUGAUCCGGCAUUUAUUGAUGAGACAACGAUAGGACAUUAUUAUGUGCGCAACGCGGUGCAUACGAUAUUGAGGCGUGUACUAAAUGUGGCUCCCAAGGAGGGGUAUCAGGAAGCUUUAUUUGUCAAGAUUAUACAGGAGCUAUCAAACUACUUCUACAGGCGUGGGGACUAUGGUGUAGGUAGUGAGUGUUGGAAAGAAGUGAGCGAAGGUAGUAUUGUACUUGACUGGUGGCAGGUAUGGGGCAUUAAUUGCCCAACUGCAUUGAAGUACGCUAUACUGUAA